UGGGAUCGCAGGCAUCGUCGCCCACGCCCACCGCCCCCCAAGAACCCCUUAUCUUCUCCCCCGGGUUGGGAUCGCGGUCCAUCUUCCGUCCGUCCACUCCGAGAUAAGACCACCCCUAGAACGCCUCCCACCCCAAUGCCUCUGUUCGUCUGAAGAACUGGUAAUGCACAUUGACGACAGGAAGAAGAUUUAGAGCAGAGUUUUGGGUUAGUCGAAAAACAGUUUCUUUGAGUCUUGAAGAUUUAUAGGGUGGUGGGUUAAUUAAUCUGUGGUUUUCCGCGAGUACCAUUAUUGGGUGGGACGGGAGCUGUUGGUGUGCCAUGGAUCUGCCUGCCCCACCAACCAGUGAUCCCAGAACUUUAUCCUCCAUUAUCCUAAGCCGCCGCCGUGCCGACGCGCGGGCGAGAAUAAACAAGUGCUCCGCGACCGCGAGCCAGCGACUCCUCUCGCCUCCACCACCGCUCCCUCGCCACCACUCGCUGCUCCGCCUGCGACCCGGCCGUGAGCGACCCGCCGUCGCGAGAUCCAGCGCCGUCUCCGCGCCGCCGCUGGUGCCGCCCAUGACGACGCCGGCGCCAAACCCGACCAUCCGGAGGCUCGACGUCGCCUCGCCGGUGCCCGCCGACAUCGACAUCGCCAACGCCGUCGAGCCGCUCCACAUCGCCGACAUCGCCGCCGAGCUCGGCGUGCCCCCGGAGCACUACGAUCUCUACGGCAAGUACAAGGCCAAGGUGCUCCUGUCCGUUCUUGACAAGCUGCAGGGGCAGCAGGACGGGUACUACGUGGUGGUCGGCGGCAUCACGCCGACGCCGCUCGGGGAGGGCAAGUCAACGACUACCGUCGGCCUGUGCCAGGCACUGGGGGCGUUCCUUGAUAAGAAGGUUGUCACUUGCGUCCGUCAACCAUCACAAGGGCCCACCUUUGGAAUCAAGGGGGGUGCUGCUGGAGGUGGCUACAGUCAAGUUAUACCCAUGGAUGAGUUCAAUCUCCAUAUGACUGGAGAUAUCCAUGCAAUUACAGCUGCAAACAAUCUUCUUGCUGCUGCCAUUGACACAAGGAUUUUCCAUGAAGCUUCUCAAUCAGACAAAGCUCUGUUCAAUAGAUUGUGUCCAGCAAACAAAGAAGGGAAGAGGCGCUUCGCUGAUGUAAUGCUCCGACGCCUGAUAAAGCUUGGCAUCUCAAAGACAGACCCUGAUGAGCUAACACCAGAAGAAGUUAGGCGUUUUGCAAGGCUUGAUAUUGACCCUGCAUCAAUUACUUGGAGACGGGUCAUGGAUGUUAAUGAUCGUUUCCUGAGGAAAAUCACCGUUGGACAAGGCCCUGAUGAAAAAGGUAUGGUGAGAGAAACAGGCUUUGACAUAUCUGUGGCAAGUGAGAUAAUGGCUGUAUUGGCUCUUACAACUUCCCUUGCUGACAUGAGGGAAAGACUUGGAAGAAUGGUGAUAGGCAACAGCAAGGCGGGUGAGCCGGUUACAGCUGAUGAUCUUGGUCUUGGAGGUGCCUUGACUGUCCUAAUGAAAGAUGCUAUUCAUCCCACCCUCAUGCAAACUCUUGAAGGCACUCCUGUUUUAGUGCAUGCUGGUCCUUUUGCUAACAUUGCACAUGGGAACUCUUCCAUAGUUGCUGAUAAGAUUGCUUUGAAGUUGGUUGGGAAGGGUGGCUUUGUUGUUACAGAAGCUGGUUUUGGUGCUGAUAUUGGGACUGAGAAAUUCAUGGACAUAAAGUGUAGGUAUAGUGGAUUGACACCACAGUGUGCUAUUAUUGUGGCCACAAUUAGGGCUCUUAAAAUGCAUGGAGGAGGCCCAGAUGUUGUGGCUGGGAAGCCUUUAGAUCACGCAUAUGUCAGUGAAAAUGUCACUCUUGUUGAAGCUGGAUGUGUUAAUCUUGCUAAGCACAUCUCAAACACAAAGGGUUAUGGAGUGAAUGUUGUAGUAGCAAUCAACAAAUUUGCAACAGACACAGACGCUGAAAUGGAAGUUGUGAAAAAGGCGGCUAUGGCAGCUGGGGCUUUCGAUGCUGUCGUCUGCUCCCACCAUGCACACGGUGGUAAAGGAGCGGUUGAUCUUGGAGUCGCUGUUCAAAGAGCAUGUGAAAGCCAGGCAGAGCCCCUGAAGUUUUUAUAUCCUUUAGAUUCUAGCAUAAAGGAGAAGAUUGAGUCAAUAGCUAAGUUCUAUGGUGCUAGUGGUGUUGAAUACUCUGAACAGGCCGAAAAGCAGAUCGAGAUGUACACCAAGCAAGGCUUCUCCAACCUCCCGAUAUGCAUGGCGAAGACUCAGUACUCCUUUUCUCAUGUUCCAUCCAUGAAGGGCGCACCAUCCGACUUUGUGCUGCCGAUAAGAGACGUGCGGGCCAGCAUCGGAGCCGGUUUCAUCUACCCGCUCGUCGGCACCAUGAGCACAAUGCCUGGUCUUCCUACGAGGCCCUGCUUCUACGAAAUUGACAUCGACACGGCGACCGGGAAAGUCAUGGGUCUGUCAUGAGCUUCGCCGGCACCGUUUCUAGGCUGGGGGUCCUGUGCUGUUGCGCAAUUAAACUGACCGUGUGCAGUUUCAGUUUUGGGGACAUUCCUGAAGCAGAAUAAAGGAAUAAUGGCCUCAUCAGUGGCUUGGUGCGAUUGUGGGGGUUAGUAAAUUUCAGUAACUUGAUGGAUGUAGAUUUGGUCCGACCAUACUGUCUGUCUGUACUCUGUUCCUUGUGUUUUGAUUUGAUGUUCACCUU